ACUUCCAUUGUCAAUUAUUAAUACUCAGUCGUAAAAACUUUUUCAACUUGAUUAAUUUUUAACGAAUAGAGUCUAAGAUAGCAUUACCAAAAUUUAACACGAAGAAUAUAAGCGAUAGAUUAUCAAAUUACUGCACAGUUUUGACGAAUUUAUACCUCAAGAAUAGCCAACGCGAUAAAUAAAUCAAAAUAUGUAUGUCCUAACAAUUAUUUGCUGCCUUAUUACUGCAGCUUACGGUCAAAGCAUCGGAAUUGGUCCAUGCCCUAUAGUUAAAGCUUCGAAAACGAUUGAAAUUGAUAAAUAUUUUGGAAAAUGGUACGAAUGGAAAAGAAGUGAUUAUUUGGGUGGCAUAUGUUCUUCGUCUACUUGGACUAAACAUUCAGACACUAAAAUAACAGUUGUACAUCGUAGUAUUUCAAAAAUUACUAAUUUGGAAUCAGGAAUUAUUGGUUACGUAACGAUAAAUGAUGAAAAAGUAAAUGUAAAGUAUAACAUAUCUAUGGGUCGUAACAUUGAAGUAGAGUACAGGGUUCUCGAUACCGAUUACGACAACUUUUCUAUCCUCUGGAGUUGCUCAAACUACAAGUUUGUGCACUACUCUCACUUAUCAGUACACAUAAGAAAUCUUACCGUUGAACCAGACACUUCAAAAAUUGAAGAAACAUUAAAAAAAGCAGGAGUUAUCUCUCUGCCGAUGAGAAAAGUUGACCAUUCGAAUUGCCCAUAAAUUUUAAUCAUUGAAAAAAAAAACAUUGCCAUCGAACUUUUACGACAAUCUCAUGAUUGUGAAGAAACGCUGUAUGAUUUAAUCACCAAAAUUAUAAAAAAAAAAUGUUUGCUUCUAUUGUGUACUAGAAUAUAUUGUUCAAAAUAAAUUUUGCAUUAUUAAAAAAUAA